AUGGCCAAUAAAAUACUACAGGCCAACACCAAUCAUGCGAAGGGUGCCCAGGAUCUCUUCGUCCACACUAUGGCGGAGAGGUCCUGCGGCCUUGGUAUUGUCGCGGAGCCCUACAAAGUACCAGACAAGCCCAACUGGGUGCGAAGUAUCGAGGGCUCCGCGGCAAUAGGGCCCAUCAUUGUUAUAGGAGUGUAUCUCCCGCCGAGCCUAAAAAAUAGGAAAUUCGGCGGGAGAUUAAGGAUCUUGGAGAGAAUGGUCGCCAAGCAUCACCCCAAGCCGAUAAUGGUCGCGGAGGACUUCAAUGCCAAGUCAACGGCAUGGGGUUCCCCGCGCACCGACUGGCGGGGUGGUGAGGUGGAGGAAUGGGCGGCGCAAUGCGGCCUCACGCUCCUCAAUGAGGGGAGCGUGAAUACGUGCGUGCGGCGGCAGGGCGGGUCAAUUGUGGACCUCACGUGGGUGCCCCAUCCUGCAGCAAAGAUGGCACGGAGCUGGAGAGUGGCGACGGAGGUCGAAACGUUAUCCGACCAUAGAUAUAUAGAGAUCUCCGUCGCCAUGAUCCCAAAGGAGGUCGCAGAGCGCCGCCGAAUAAGAGAGGCGAACUCCAGGAGAUGGGCCCUCAGGAAAUUAGACGAGGACAUGCUCAUGGCGGCGAUCAACGCCGCCAUGAUAGGGAAGGAAGAGGGGACCGGGGAUUUGGAGGAGCACAGGGCAUGGCUAACAAACGUCGUACUCCAAGCGUGCGACGUGGCCAUGCCCAGAGUCAAAACCCGGUCUCCUAAACAUGCUUAUUGGUGGUCGGAAGAGAUCGCCGAGUUGAGGCGGUCCACCGACCAAGCGAGGAGGAACAUCAAGAGGAGGGCAAGGCACGCGCUACUGGACCCGGAAGGAUUGGAGGACGCGUGGGACGCUUACAAAAAUAGGAGGAACGACCUGCGCGCCUCCAUCCGUUAA